AGUUUUGAGGGGUAAGAAGAACUGGAGGACGUACUAUACGGAUCAGACUAAACGUUUAUAUCCAGAACAAAGUGGUACAAAGUAAUGUGUUUGGCAUCUAGAAAUAAUCCUCCUUUCAUCUCACUCAAUUCUCUCCCCCCCCCACCUUUACAGGGUAGUGGUACAGCCCCCUUGCAGCUGAUGAAUGCAGUCUGUACACCGGUUAUGAAUGGAUUUGGAGGUCUGGAAUGUCUACAAGUCAUGUUCAAUGAUACUUCCCUUCCCCAGGAUCUCCUCCAGCAGCUCUUUAACUGAAUUAAGCCCUGCAAUAAUGUGAUGGUAGAGUGCACCUGAUAUGACAAAAUGAAGGUGGAUGUUUUUACUGAAUCUGCUGAAUCUAAUGAUGAUGAUUCUGGAGAGGAAGAAGAAGAGGAUGAAAAUGAGGUUGAAUUAGAGGGCAUCCCAGAAGUGACCACAAACCUUCCAGAUGAACUGCAAGAAGUACUUACUGACAGCCAAGACCAACAGCCUAAUGAACUGAAACAAACAAAGACAACACAGAAGAAAUCAGGAGAUGAAUCGAAAAAGAAAAAAAGAAGAAAACAAAGGGUCCUUGGUAUAAACUUAACCAACUGCAAGUAUGAAAGUGUCCACCGGGCUGCCAGACGCUGUGGGCUUAAAGAGGUUGGUGAUGAAGAAGAGUGGACCAUUUAUUGGACAGACUGCUCUGUAUCACUGGAACGUGUUAUGGACAUGAAGAGAUUCCAGAAAAUAAAUCAUUUCCCUGGUAUGACUGAAAUAUGCAGGAAGGAUCUUCUGGCAAGGAAUAUGAAUAGACUGUCAAAGCUCUUUCCAAAAGAGUAUAACAUCUUUCCUCGAACGUGGUGCUUGCCUGCUGAUUAUGGUGAUCUCCAGGCCCAUUGCCGCACAAAAAAAAACAGCACCUACAUCUGUAAGCCUGACAGUGGCUGCCAGGGCCGGGGCAUAUUUCUUUCCAAGAACCUGAAGGAUAUAAAUCACAGUGAUAACAUGAUUUGUCAGCAGUACAUUCCUAAACCAUUCCUCAUCGAUGGAUUCAAAUUUGACCUUCGAAUAUAUGUCCUUGUCACGUCCUGUGAACCCCUGCGUAUUUUCGUCUACAAAGAAGGGCUGGCGCGUUUUGCAACAAUGAAUUAUGUAGAACCCAGUCACAGUAAUCUGGAUGACGUCUGCAUGCAUCUUACCAAUUAUGCAAUCAAUAAACAUAACGAGAACUUUAUCAGAGAUGAUUUGACAGGAAGUAAAAGGAAACUUUCCACGCUGAACACAUGGCUGGAGAACAAUCACUAUAACACAUGCAAACUCUGGGAGGACAUUGAUGAUGUUAUUAUUAAGACUCUCAUUUCUGCUCACCCUAUCCUAAAGCACAACUAUCGCACUUGUUUCCCAAAUCAUGUUGCUGGUAGUGCUUGCUUUGAGAUACUGGGGUUUGAUAUUCUACUCGACAAAAAAUUAAAGCCUUGGCUUAUAGAGGUGAAUCACUCCCCUAGUUUUACAACUGACUCCAUCUUGGACAAGGAGGUCAAGGACCCUCUGAUUCAGGACACACUUAAUUUAAUCAACCUCCGUGCUUGUGACAAGAGAAAAGUUCUUGAGGAGGAUAAACGGCGAGUCAAAGAGCGUUUAUUUCAGCGGAAUCUACCUCGAGAAACUCGGCGGGAACAGUUGGAAACCUCUCAGGCCUCUUGGCUGGCACAAAUGGAAAAGUAUGAGGAAAGCCAUCUUGGAGGGUAUCGGCGAAUUUACCCAAAAGCUGAAGGAGAGGUGUAUGAAAAGUUCUUCAAACACAGUGGGUCUCUCUUCCAAGAGACUGCAGCUUCAAAGGCAAGAGAGGAGUGUGCAAGGCAACAGUUAGAGGAACUGCGUAUAAAGAAGGAACAACUGGAAACACCUUUUGGGAAAAAGAAGAGAGAGACGAAAGACAUUUUGCAGGGAGAGUCAGCAGGAGAAAAAGCCUCAAAGCCCAAAGUGAUGAAGAGAUCUGUGAUUCGCAGUACAUCUGCUCACUACAGAUACGUGGAAAAAAAGGAGGUCAGAUAUGAUACUAUGAAACCUGUGGACAUUGAUGAGAAAGAAGAACGAGAAAGGCUCCAAAGUCUGCAACAAAGAGAGAGACUAAUCUAUGAACUUGGUAUUGUGGAUCAGGUGCAUAGAGUGCUGAGCCUUGUAGAUCAUGGCACUUCGGACCUCCAAGCAAUUGAACACUACCUUGGUGAAUCACAGCCAAGAAACCAGCAUGCAGAAGGUUUUAUUAGGUACCAAGACCCAGAAGCUAUUAUUCCCCUGAAUCCAGUGUUCUUUCAAGGAGCAUCAUCCACAGAAACAAAACAGCUUAGCAGCCAUGGAACCUUUAGUGGUUUACCUUUUGGGAACCCAGCAUAUUUUCCUGGCUUCACAUCCUUGGUUGUACCUCCUCCCUCAACGCAGCUGUUAAUGAGGAGACAUGGCGAUAAUAAAAAACUAACUUGGACUGGACUUCAGUGUGAGCUGGCCUCUGCAGCUAAAAGUGAAAUGUAUUUAAAGCCAUUGAAAGGAUUAACUAACACAGACCAGUGCCAAAGUGCCAAAAACAAGAUGGAGUCCAGACUUCUAGCUAAUAAGAAGCUAAUCCGGUAUGGUUCUGUCUCUGGAACUCUUAUCAAUCCUAUAAUUCCACCUUCUACAGCCUCCACAUUACCUUCAGUCACUGGGACGUUUUCAGCAGAUCAGCCCUUAGCAGUAGUCGCAUCAUCUGCUCCAUUUGCACAGCGCAUUGAUCAUGCCAGGCAACACAGACGAGGAAACUUUCACAUUAAAUAACAUAUAACUGCAAUUCUUCCACAUUCUUGAAAAAAGAUUUCUCUCGGAAAUGUGCCAAAAGUCAUUAUGUAUUGUUCCUUUAAUGCAUUUUAAUUUGCCUUGUGCUUCUGUGGAAAAACUCAACUGGCUGCCACCUCAGCAGCUGGUAAUCUAGAACUCCCAUCAUAUAGGAGCUGUAACAUUAAAACAAGCAGAUGCAAAUUGUGGCUUUCACAAAGCAGGUGUCAUUUUACUCCAAAGUGGUAACCAGCAGUGACCAAUUAGACUUUUGCUUUAUAUAGGGCACCAUACCCAAGCUGUAAUCAGGCUGGGGGCCAAAUACUGCAUCAGGCAAUGCAUCUAUGGAGUAAAGGUGGCCAUAGAUUUUUUUUUUUUAUCGUGAGACAACGAUUAUCUUAAAACGAUCGUUUAAAUGUACGAUUUGUCCAUCAACUAAAAAGACCAUUUCAAGCGAUAUUGCCAGAAAAACUGAGGGGAGCUGCCUGCUUGGCCCUGCAAACAUAGAUAGAUCGCACUGGGACCGAUACAUUUUUUUUAACCUGGCCGAUCAAAUUUCUGACAGAUCAUAAAAUGCACGAUCGUUCGAUUCCCACUAACCUCACAAUAAUUUGACGGAUGGUUGGAUUGCACUGCAAUCGAUCGUUCACCAAUGAAAAAUCUUUGCGUCUAUGGGGACCUUUAGACUGACAAUCCACUGAGCUCCUCCCACUUACAUAUAUGCCAAAGCCAACAUCAGGCUGGAGUUCUGUGGGACCUCCAGAGAAUCAGACCUACAGGUAUAGCCCCCCCUGCCACCAAACAUUGUCCCAAACCUCAUUCCCCCCAUGUGCAGGUCUCUGCUACCACACCUACCUCCAAACACUUCAAGGUACUUCUGCACAUGUCUAGCAAGGCCACCACCCCCAACACACCACAAGACUAGUAGCAGGGGCUGGCUGCAGGACCAGCCUGGGGUCCCACAUGGAUUUUUCAUAGUAUCCAGGUGGGCAAGUCCAAGUACACCUGGAAGGACUUUGAACAUUACAAUUUUCAUACAGGCUGUCAUUGGUAGGAUUGUGAGUAGGUCUUUUAAAACCUCAUUCCAAAGGCUUCAGAUGACCUGAUGGUCAGCAAUUAAUUCAAAAACUUUACUGUAGCUGAGCAGUUAGUGCAAUUUGCUGAUUGGAUGCUAUGUGUUACUGCAUUGCAUUGAAUCUGUCACAAGUUAACUAACAUCUGUUAAAUAUGUUCUAAAAAGACACUGCAAGAGUGAAUAUAGAACAGUCAAUCAUUGUAAAGUAAAGAUUAGAGGGGUUAUUUAUUAAAGGUCGAGCUGUGUUUUUCCGAAAAAAUGUUUGUUUGAGGAACGUUUCAGUAAAAAACUCAAAUUUUUCAGAAUAAAAAAAAAAACUCAAAUUUUCCCAAAUUUAUU